AAUUCGCCUAACGUCACGGGCAUCCCUUACGUACUAACUAACCGAGCUCCGAUUUGCGGAUUAUAAUAAAAGUUGUGAUAAUUCGCUGUUUUAAAGCCCCGAGUGGAAAUCGCUAACGCGUGCGGAUUUUGACAGUCCCUGUACCAACAUUGCAUAACGCCCUGGUGCGACCUUGCGGCGAAAUAUUCGGAAUUCCGAUGAUUAUUUUUUCUUCGAUAACUAAAUUCUAUAUCUAUCUUUAAAAAUAUACCGAUUCUAUUAUGCUUUAAAAAAUGUAAUUAAUACGGAUAUUUAUACAAAUUGACGUUUGUCCUAGAGUAGAGGAGCAAUUUUUUAAGAAUGCUCACUUCGAUGCGAAUCUUAUUUUUACACGGAGAAGAUUCGAUCUCAAUGAGACACUUAUUAGUCGAAAUUAUUCUGCGAGUUACUCAGUGGUCAAUUGCGUCUCUUUCAUUCCGUUGAUACAUAGCCACUCGUGCUUCGUGUCAGCCAUUGGACUGGCCAAUAAUCGUAUUCUCAGUUUAUCCACUAAUUCCCCUGUGAGAUAAUUAAAUAAUUAAAUAUUUACCCGGUUUUGCCCACGCUUCCGAGAGGUCCUCUAGUCAGGGAAGAACUAGCAAAAAUGUAUACUAACGGCACCGAAAUAAUAUAGCAAACGAGGAAGUAUGACGCCGAUAAGUGCCCAUGUCAAAUUAAAUCAUGGGUGCCACGUUACUGUCCUUGGGGGUCUCCACCCUCUACAUUAUUUUGACGAGUUUAAUCGCAUAUUGGGCCAGGAGGUACGUCGAUUUUUAUAUCAGAAGACCUCUGGUGAAAUCUUUGUUCCUCGAGGGAAUCGCCACUGCCGAACUCUGCGGAUCCUGCUUCGAGCUCAUCAUAAUCGCCGACAAUUGGGGAGUGUCCAUGUAUGCCAUUUAUUUAUUCGUCCUGACCAUUUGGUGGUCCAUGAACUGGGGCGACUCGACCGCGUGUCCUUACACCCAUCUCGAGGACCUCGUCGAAGGAAAGAAGACCCCGAAGGUGGCUUUUCUUUUGAUUUGGGCAGAACUUGUAGGAGGACUGGUAAUUUUCCGGUACAUUCAAUUGUUAUGGGCUUUGGAAAUCGUCCCCACCCAUCGAAAUCGAGCCUUCUCCGACUGCACCACCGAUUUACAGGUUCCUGCGAUUUACGGAGCAUUCAUCGAAGGCAUUGCCACCUGCAUGUGCAGGGUUGCAUCGCGGUGCAUCUCUGAACUCAGCCCAAGAUUCGGCACUGCUCUCGAUGCAUUCGUGGGAACGUCCCUGGUCGUCGCAGCUUUCAACUACUCCGGAGGGUAUUUCAAUCCUGCCCUUGCAACUUCACUAAAGUAUGGUUGUUUGGGAACUUCAGCCAUGGAGCAUGUAAUUGUUUAUUGGGUCGGAGCCUGUGCCGGAUCAAUUGCUUCGAUAAGAGUCUACAACAUGCCAUUUGUCCAAAACUUCGUCCAGCGACAGCACGAAAAAUCCCAGUGAUGGACAAAUCUCCGAAGAUGCGAAUUACUCGGAGAUACCUCGCGUCCCUGUACUCGUUGAGACCGAGAGUACGAUUAGCGUAAUUUGCGUAUUUGCCCUGCACAAAAUGCGAACGCUCAUUUAUAUUCGGCUUUAACGCGGAGUUUUAGUGGAACUUUAAGUCAGGUAUUUGGAGAUAAUCUCCGUUUGUUGAGAAUUUAUUCCAAUGGUAGCAGAGGAAGGGACCCGGUCUGAAAGCGAUCGUUCGAUUAAAAUGCAAAAUAGUUGGUAAUGAUACGUUAGGUGUUAAUUGACUUUUUUCGACUAACGCUGAGGCACGUCCUAAGUAGACUAAGCGAGGUGUACUUGGGUAUUUGGGGAGAUUUUAUUUCUUUUUUUUUUUUUUUACGGUUGUUGCGACCACCGCGUACUUAAUGUAUGACUUAAUACACGAGUGUGUGGAA